AACUUUUCUAAGAGUUUUCAAACUUCUGCUCGAGUUCAAAUCGCGCGCACGCGAGCUCUCCCGCCGCGUUGACUCCCGUUUUCCCCGAUUUCCGUUUCGUGCUUUGAAACUUUCUUUCACUCCAAGCAUUUUCCCCCUCUUUUAAGUUAUGUUUGCCUCUAAGUGUUUUCUUAUGGCGAAUAGAUGACAGCGCGCGAGGGUUUACAACUGCUUCACACGCGACAGAGUGGAGCUGCACUUCUAUAGUUUUAUUUUUGUGUCUUUCUAUCUAUUGUGUGUAAAUAUAGUACAGAGUGGUUCUUUCAAAUUUUCCCAACACUUUUACUUCCAAUGGAUAUGGCUGUGCUCAUGUGGGACAUCAUUGUUUCUCUAACGUUAUUGAUUUCUCCGGAUUUGCUCUCGGCGGAUAAGAGCGGCUUCAGGAGACUGUACGUACUUCAGCCGGGACCGAGCGGUACGGACGGUGUUCACGUGAGCUCCAUUUCAUCGCUCUCGGGAGCGUCGGGACAGCCGCACUCCUACAAUGUGGAGCUCAAAGCCAGCCUCGGCGGCCAGGUCCGGACCCGCAGAAUGGGUCACCAGUCGAACCCGAACCCGAGCAUUCCGAUACGUCAGAACGCGCAGCCUGGCCGACACACAACCAGCCAUCAUAUGAAAAUGUCAGGAGUGAAUGUCUGUGGGGGGCAGUGCUGUGUUGGUUGGAGCAAGACCCCAGGAUCUCAGCGCUGCACUAAACCUAACUGUACACCGCCAUGCAAGAAUGGAGGGAUGUGCUUGCGGCCCCACAUUUGUGUGUGUAAGCCAGGCUCUAAAGGCAAGUCCUGUGAACAGACUACUCUGCCCCCAUCCUCGCAUCCAACUGGACCAUUAAACGGACACACCAAUGGUGGACUUCCAAACGUAGGUCAUACGAAUGGAUACCCCAAUGGUCAUAAUGUAGUUCCCCAGCGUCCUAUUCCUCAGCAGAUCUUCCCGCAAGGCCAAGGUCAAGUGCCGUUACCAUUGCCCGGCACCAAAGUGGGACAUCUGACCCUGUCCAUGAAGCCGUCACCUAACGGACCCAUUCCUUAUCAGCCACAAGUACAAAACCCAGUUUCAAUGACGAUGCACCAGAGCAAAACCCAGAAGUUCAUGGUUCAGCAGAAAAACUACCACACUCACACACAGAUGCACGGAGUCGGACCCACCCUGAACCGGGCCAUCCCGCUUUCAGUGGGACACAAACCAAUAAAUCUAGGGAACCACACAGGCCGGAUCAAGGUGGUCUUCACCCCGACUAUCUGCAAGAUGACCUGCACUAAUGGCCGCUGUCAGAACAGCUGUCAGCAGGGCAACACCACCACUAUCAUCAGUGAAAAUGGGCACGCUACGGACACGCUUACUGCCCCCAACUUCAGAGUCGUUGUUUGCCAUUUGCCCUGCAUGAAUGGAGGAAAAUGCAGUGCUCGGGACAAGUGCCAGUGCCUACCUAACUUUACUGGAAAAUUCUGCCAAAUGGCGAAUCCCAACGGUCACCAGGGGCAACAUGCUGUCGUAAACGGACAGAAGACACACGUCCACUCAACGCACACAUUACCCCUCACCUACGGCACUGGACAAAACCAGGGUUUGGUGAAUGUCCAUGUGAAGCAUCCCCCAGAAGCCUCUGUCCAGAUCCAUCAGGUGUCUCCGGUGGACAGUAAUGGGCAGGUGAAGAACACACACUCCAGCCACUCCUUCACCUACCACAGCAGCAGCCAGAGCAUCCAACACGGUCAUACUCACAGCGGCGUCAUUUACCCCAACCAGCAAACAUACCCCCAGUACCAGCCGGUGACAUCCAAGAGCCAGUUGGGACGCUGCUUCCAGGAGACUGCUGGAAUGCAGUGUGGGAAAGCUCUGCCUGGCCUGUCUAAACAAGAUGCCUGUUGUGGGACGGUGGGCACAUCAUGGGGAUUCCACAAAUGCCAAAAAUGCCCCAAGAAAACAUCGAUUCCUUUGAUUGAAUGUCCUCUAGGCUAUAAGAGGCUGAAUGCCACUCGCUGUAUCGAUAUUGAUGAGUGCCAUAUUCAAGGAGUUUGUCCCAAUGGAAACUGCAUAAACACCAUGGGCAGCUACAGGUGUAUCUGCAACCCAGGCUUUGUGCCUGACCCCACCCUGACCACCUGCUUCCCUGUGUUUAAAGACAUCUGUCCUGGAGGAAUGGGUUACCAUGUCACCACACCGUACAUUUACAAGCCCAAACCUCCUAAUGGACACAGCCAGACAGACGGUCACGGCCAGAGCAAGCCCACCAUCAGACACCAAGUGCCUAUGGAUCCUCCUGUGCCCUUCCCCACCCUGCAGCAGCCUGUGGAAGCUCUCAGCAUCACAGAGAGGCAGCUACCUGUGCCCACAGUUCCCUGGCAGGAGCUUUAUACCCACAUGAGUGUUGAUAGGUCAGUAGUACAGCCCGGACAGGCCCAGCUGUCACCCGGGGUGUCUACAAUCAGGAUGGAGCCUGCCCUCCCAGAGGUGGUGGAGAAGGUGUCACCACCUGCUCCAGUGGCAAUUCCGCCCUCCAUAGAAAGUCAGAACAUCUCCCCAACACAGCUGGCAGAGAUUGACGAGUGUCAAGUGAGUCCUGAUAUCUGUGGUGCAGGAAUCUGUUAUAACACUUUUGACAGCUACAUGUGCAUCUGUGAUGACGGCUAUAGAAUAGACAGUGAGGGCACCACAUGUGUAGAUGUCGACGAGUGUGCAGAGAGCCCAAGUUUGUGUGCUAAUGGUCACUGUCAGAACACUCCAGGCGGAUUCCUGUGUGCGUGUGAGCCUGGCUUCAUGCCUAACGAGAAGGGCAACAGCUGCUCCGAUAUCGAUGAAUGCCAGGAUGGGAGAGUGUGUCCGUCCGGUCUCUGCUAUAACACUCUGGGCUCUUUCAUGUGUUCUCCUUGUCCAGAUGGAUUUGAAGGGAGAAAUGGCCAAUGUGUUGAUAUAAAUGAGUGUUUGGAUGAAAAAGUAUGCGCUCAUGGUCAGUGCUCCAAUCGGGAGGGCUAUUUCAUUUGCACGUGUGAUGAAGGUUUCUCGCUCAUUCAUGACGGCAAGGCCUGCAUAGACAUUGAUGAAUGCCAGGAUGACAGCGUGUGCAUCCAAGGUCACUGUCAGAAUACAGAGGGGUCGUUUAUCUGCAACUGUGAGCCCGGCUUUAUAUUGUCCUCCACAGGAGAUCAAUGUAACGAUGUGGACGAGUGUUUGGAGUUACCUCAGACUUGUGAUAGUGUGGGACAGUGCGUCAAUAUCUUGGGAUCUUACCAGUGCAACUGCCCACUGGGAUAUAGACAAGUUAACGGCACCAGCUGCCAUGAUGUUGAUGAGUGUGAGGACGAGACACAACUGUGCGUCCCCAACGGAAAGUGUUUGAACACAGAGGGUUCGUUCCUGUGUGAGUGUGAUGCCGGCUUUGUGUCCACCAGGGAUCCACCAGGCUGUGAGGAUGUAGAUGAAUGUGUGGAUGGCAGCAGAUGUGUAAAUAGUACCUGUUCAAACACAGAGGGCUCGUAUAUCUGCCAUUGUGAAAUAGGCUACCGCCUGGAGCCAACCAAUCAGACGUGCCAGGAUAUUGAUGAGUGUGCUGACUUGGCGACGUCUAUUUGUGGGGUUUGGGCCUGUCACAACACACCGGGCUCUUACCGAUGUGAGGUGCCCUGUCCACCUGGCCUUUCCCGAGGCGAACACAGCGUCUGCAUCGAUGUGGAUGAGUGUUCUCUGAAUGAGAAUACCUGUGGAAGUCAUGGUGUUUGUCAGAAUACAAUAGGCUCCUUCAGCUGCCAGUGCGACCCGGGAUUCAAGGACUCUCAGGAUGGGCAGGGCUGUGUGGAUGUGAACGAGUGUGAGCUGCUUGGUAAUGUGUGUGGUGAGGCCACCUGUGAGAAUCGUGAAGGCACCUUCUUGUGUUUGUGUCCUGACGAGAUGCAAGAAUUUGAUCCGAUGUCGGCCAAAUGCUUCUCUACACCACCAGUCACACCUGUGGAGAGGAAAGAGUGUUACUUUAACUUGAAUGAUGAGAACCUGUGUGAUAAGGUGCUGGCCAGCAGCAUGACUAAAGAGGAGUGCUGCUGUACGCUAGGAGCCGGCUGGGGGGACAACUGUGAGGUCCAUCCCUGCCCCAUCCCGGGAACAGAUCAGUUCUCACAGAUGUGUCCAGCAGGCCGGGGUUACAUUCCUCCUGGAGAUCCUAUGAUUCCUACAACCAGCUUAGCAGAAAGCUUCAAAGACACAGAUGAAUGCAAACUUUUUGAAAAUGAGAUCUGCAAAGAUGGCUUUUGUCUCAAUACCCCUGGUGGGUAUGAGUGUUACUGCAAGGCCGGACUCUACUAUGAUGAGAGCAAACUGCAGUGUGUUGACACUGAUGAAUGUGCGGAUGAAUCGAACUGUAUAGAUGGUAAAUGUAUGAACACAUAUGGGUCAUAUCAGUGUUUCUGCACUCCGCCCCUGGUUCUCGCACCUGACAGCGCACGCUGCAUUUUGCCCACCAUGGCAGCGCAAAGAGAAACUGAUGUGUACUCGGGUAUUUGCUGGGAGACUGUGACGGAAAGGCUGACCUGCACAAAGCCCAUUGCCAACCUACAGACCACGUUCACAGAGUGCUGCUGUUUACACGGAGAUGCCUGGGGCAUGGAUUGUGCUCUCUGCCCCCAGAAAAAUACAGAUGCCUAUGCCACUAUGUGUAAUAUUCGUCAGUUUGGUGGUCCCCGUCAGCCGUAUGGUCAGGAUGCUUUGGUCGCUGGCCCAGCUAUUGAAUACGGCCCUGAAUACGACUCUCGAUCUCUGAACCCUGACGGCACGCUGCCCCUCUAUGAAGAUUACGAAGAACCAAGAAAUCCAUAUGAUGCAUUUGAAGGACUGCGAGCAGAGGAAUGCGGUGUGCUAAACGGAUGUGAGAAUGGACGGUGUGUGCGGGUGCAGGAAGGAUACACCUGCGACUGCUUCGAUGGUUACACACUUAACAUGUCCCGCAUUCUC